UUCAAAACCAGGGCGUUGUUCAACUUUUGAUCGUCAGUGCCAUUUCCCCUGCUCCUUGAGAAGGGCCCCUGGAAGAGUUUCAAUGCCAACUGCAAAGCUCCGAGCAGCCCCCGUACGGCGCAUACACACAAUCUCCACGCCCCAGCGACGGCGCAUCCAAACAUCGCAAUGCUUCACCGACGCACCGCGCCCCUCGCAAGCUGAGGUAGCCCGGGCAAGAGCCUACUGCGCCAACCUCGUCCGGACAUACGACACGCCCUCACACGUCCUCCAAUCCUUCAUUCCCCAGUCCUCCCGCGAUGCCUACCUCGCCAUCCGCGCUUUCAACGUCGACGUCGCCCGCGUGGCCGACACCACCAGCACACCCACCAUCGGCAUGAUGCGCAUGCAGUUCUGGCGCGACGCCGUCACAAAAGCACUGUCCGGCUCGCCGCCCAAAGAACCCGUCGCGAUCCUGCUCGCCCACGCCGCCGAAGACCUGCACGCCCGCACCAACGGACGCAGUCGCAUGAGCAAGAACUGGUUCCACCGCAUCAUCAAUGCGCGCGAGCAGUAUCUGGGGAAUCCACCCUAUCCGACUCUCCAGCUCCUCGAGAGCUACGCCGAGAACACGUAUUCGACGCUGCUGUAUCUGACGCUGAGCAGCCUGCCGCAAGCCAGUAUAACGACCGACCACAUCGCCAGCCACAUCGGUAAAGCGACCGGCAUUGCUGCCGUGCUGCGCGGCGUCCCGCUGAUUGCGUUUCCGCAGCCCCAACCAGGCGGGACGGCCGGGCACAUAACGGGGCAAAGCGGGCCGGCGCAGGGCGCGGUGCUGUUGCCGCUGGAUGUCAUGGCCGAGGCGAAUCUGCAGGAGGAGCACGUGUUCCGUAUGGGCGGCGAAGCGCCGGGCUUGAAAGACGCUGUUUUCGCAGUUGCGACGCGGGCGAACGACCACUUGAUUACCGCACGCGAGAUGCUGGCUAAACUAAGAUCGGAGGGGACGCUGGGGCAUGAGUUUGAGCAUCAGGGUGAUGAGGAGCAUCAGUAUGGCGCCGAGCAACUGAGCGCGGGGAAGGAACAGCAGCUGAACGAGGUAGAGCAGGCGUUCGGCGUGUUCAUGUCGAGCAUCAGCACGCAGUCGUGGCUCGAUCGGCUGCAGAAGGCGGACUUUGACUUGUUUGAUCCCAGUCUGAGGAAGAAUGACUGGAAGCUGCCUGCGAAAGCGUACUGGGCGUACACGCGGCGGAAACUAUGAGGCGGCAAAGAUCAAACGAUAAUAUUCGUCUCUUCUCAGGUCGUAAUCACGAACGCCGCUGUUGAUAUGCCUGUGCUAUGCCU